AUUCUGAUUCUAAUUAUCUUUUGAAAUUGAGUGAUUAGAAUGUGAUACUUGUGAUAGGAAAGGAUAUUACAUUGCUUGACAAGUCCUAUGCAGAUUUUCAGUAUAUUGGCUAGCUGGAGAUGAAGGCUUAUGCUUUUAUUCAGCAAAUAAUAGUUGUCAUCUGCUUUGUAUCCAGUUUUGGAAGUAUAAAGAUAGAAAAAACGUGGUCCUUACACUUACGAAGACUGCCAUCUGUUGAGAAAUCCAGCGAUAUAAACAUUGUAAUACAACGUGGAAUAUCCAGUGACAGCGCUGGACUUGAUGAGAUUAUACAGGAGUACUCUUCCUAUGAAGGAGGGUUGUCAAGGAACAUCUUUCUGGAGAAGGGACUAUAUUACUCCUAUUUCAAGACUAUUGUGGAAGCACCCUCAUUUUUGAAUGGAGUAUGGAUGAUUAUGAAUGAUAAACUGACUGAAUACCCCCUUGUUAUUAGUACAUUAAAAAGAUUCAAUCUUUACCCGGAGGUAAUUUUAGCCAGCUGGUACCGGAUUUAUACCAAAAUAAUGGACUUGAUUGGUAUUCAAACCAAGAUAUGUUGGACAGUUACCAGAGGAGAAGGACUCAGUCCUAUUGAAAGCUGUGAAGGCUUGGGAGAUCCUGCUUGCUUUUAUGUUGCUGUAAUUUUUAUUUUAAAUGGACUAAUGAUGGCAUUCUUCAUAUAUAGCACAUAUUUAAGUGGCAGCCGAUUAGGAGGCCUGGUUACAGUGUUGUGCUUCUUUUUCAAUCAUGGAGAGUAUGCACACAACAUGUGUUGAUGGUGCAAGGUUUUGGCCUGCUGAUUGGAAAGCACCUUACCCCUUAUACGAAGAUUAAUUCAAGAUGGAUUAGAGACUUAAAUGUUAGACCUAAUACCAUAAAAACCCUAGAAGAAAACCUAGGUAGUACCAUU